AUGUUCAAUAAUGGUCUCAUCGAUCUCCACCGCCAGGUACAGGCCCAACUCUGGGUCGACAAGAUAAAUAAAGCCCACGAAACGAGCCAGCUGUGCCCAUGGGUCUCCACAUUUCAUCCUAAGAGACUUACAUGCAAACUCGAGGGCGGCUUUUAUCAUGGCUCAUUCAAUGCUGGCAUGGUCCGUUUCCCUCGUGUGGGGAAGGUCCACAAUGAAUAUAUCGACGAGAAAACUGCUAUGGAGGUGCGAGCCCUCAGCCUCAUCCGCGAACGGACCACCAUCCCCAUCCCGAAAGUCCAGGCAUGGGGUUACGCUGCCGAAAACCCGCUCGGUCUGGGUGCGUUCAUCAUGAUGGACUUCGUCAACGGCGUGUGCCUCAAUGACCUCCUCAUAGAGACCGACAAAGCUGACCCCACGAGGCUCUUGAGAGAGGACAUCAGUGAUGGAGAUAUCGAGGUCAUCUACAGGCAGUUUGCGAAUUUUCUGCUCCAGUUGUUCAGCCUCGAUUACGACAGCAUAGGUAACCUACCAUCGCCAGAGGACAAACCUGAAAGCCUCAUGCCGAAGCGCCCACUGACAUACAAGGCACAUGAUAUUCUACAUAAUGGAGGAGUCGAUGUUUUCGGUGGCCGAUGUCAAGGAUUCGCGACGGUGACCGAAUACUUUCAGUACCUCCUAGAACAGGACUUCGGGCAGCUCAAUCACCAGCCAAACUCGAUUUACGGUCCUAAUGACGCUAGGAGAAGAUACCUGUCAUUAAAGGUUCUAGAAUCCCUGCUUCCCGACCUCAUCAACAAGAACUAUGAUGGCGGGAAGUUCGAACUGAUUUGCGACGACCUCGGCCUAGCGAAUCUUAUUUAUCUCAACAUCUACAAACGCGUCCUGGAGGAAGAAGAGGCGAAAAUGCCAGGGCAUGAGAAGAGGGAGCUCUCUAACCUCGUUAAGUGGUCGCAGGAAUCAGGGCUGCACAUGCUCAUGUCAGUUGGAUUCAAUGAUCAAGAUAGCUUUCCCUUCAUGCAGCUACACCAACAUGUGGGCGAAAAGGAGUGGAAGAGGCGUGAGGUGGAGUUUAGGACGCUACCAGAGGUUGAGGCGUUUGUGACGCAGAAGACUAUUACGUUGGAGAAAUAUGAAGUAGCUAUGGGCAAGUUAAAGAGCGAAAAAGUACUCGUAGACGCUGGGCAGAUGACACACGAGGCGUUUCUUGCCACGUCUAUCAGAUUAGGAUAA